UUAGCUCAAUGUCAGUCUAAUAAAAAUUGUUGUAACUUGUAAGAGCUUAUUGUAAUAUAGCCAAGGUAACAGCGCUGAUACAUACAUUUCGUCAUAGGUCAUCGGCUAUUCGUCUGAAUGGAGUUUAAUGGCAGCAUUGUUGAGUUUCUUGAGAACAAGAGCAUCCUUGUCACUGGUUCUUCUGGCUUUCUGGGCAAGGUUUUUGUGGAGAAGUUGCUCAGAGUCCAGCCGAAUGUAAAGCAUCUGUUUCUUUCCUUAAGAGCCCUAGAUUCAGCGUCGGCAUCUCAACGUCUGCAUAGCGAGGUCUUGGAGAAAGAGGUGUUUAACGUGUUGAGAACAAAAUAUGGUGCCGGAUUCAACACCUUUAUAGCUGAAAAGGUAACCCCAAUCGCAGGAGAUAAUGCAUUGAAAAACUUUGGAUUAGCAGAUGACUCUGAUUUGUUAAUUAAGUUGUUCAACGAAGUGGAUAUCGUUGCCAAUUUUGCUGCAUCUACAAAGUUUAGUGAGAGAUAUGACGUAGCACUAGAGGUAAAUACCAUUGGAGCUAAGAACGUUUUGGAUUUCGCAAAAAAGUGUGUGAAGCUAAAAAUGCUAAUUCACGUAUCAACAGCUUAUGUUUGUGGGGAGAAAUCAGGAGUUAUAUCAGAGAAACCACUCAAAAUCGGAGAAACGCUUAACCAAACCUCAGAAGUUUUAGACAUUGAAGCAGAGAUGAAACUCGUUCAAAACUGCUUAAAAGAACUCAAUCCUGACCGAGUCUCUAAACGCGAAGAAAAGGAAGUCAUGGAAAAAUUGGGAAUCCAAAGAGCAAGAACAUUCGGAUGGCCAAAUACAUAUGUGUUUACCAAGGCAAUGGGAGAGAUGUUAAUUGGUAAAUAUAGGGGAAAUGUUCCCGUUGUUAUCAUAAGGCCAACCAUUAUUACCAGCACUUACAAAGAUCCGUUCCCUGGUUGGUCUGAGGGUGUUAGAACAAUUGACACUUUUUUGGUUGCCGGAGCUGAAGGGAAGUUACCAUGUUUUCUUGGAAAUGAAGAGUCAAUACUGGAUGUGGUACCAGGAGACAUGGUGGCGAAUGCAGUAAUAGUGGCAAUGGUGGUGAAUGCAAACCAUCAGUUUUCAUAUCCGUUGAUAUACCAAGUGUGUUCUUCACAAACAAGCCCAUUGAGUGCCAUUAAAUUGAGAGAUUAUUCCCACAGUUAUCUCCUCAAGAAUCCAUUGACUCGUAAAGAUGGAAAGCCUGUUAAUUUUGUCAUGCCUAUUUGUCUCCCUACUAUGGAUAGUUUCCGGCGAUACAUCUUUCUCAAGUACAUGUUACCUUUGAAGGUUUUGCAGUUGGUGAAUAUAGUAUUGUGCCAGUAUUUUAGAAAAACUUGCGUGGUUAUGAAUAGGAAGAUUAACCGAGUAUUGCAGUUGGUUGAACUCCAUGAGCCUUACAUAUUCUUCAAAGGAAAGUUUGAUGAUUUAAACACAGAAAGAUUGCGGAUGGCAGUGAGUGCCAACAAAACCGAGGCAAAUAUUUUUUAUUUCGACCUCAAAUGCGUAGAUUGGGAUGAUUACUUCAUCAACGUUCAUAUCCCGGCACUAAUUAUUAGAUACGUCAUGAAUUAGUUGGUGCACAAUCCAAGGGGUUGUGCUAUGUUGGAAGAUAUAAAUUUCUACAGGCAGGAAUUAGUUCGUAAAGUGUGAACAAACGGGCUAAUCAGACAGCUGAUACUCGGAUAUUUAUAAAGUCUUUUAUUGUAAGUGAUGAUUUUAUGUAAUGUUUUAUGUUGUACGAGGUUCUACAUGAACUUAAAAACCAGACUGAUCCUCAGAUUCCUCGGUUUCUCAGAUUUGGUUUGUUUAUUAGUUACUAAAUAAAUCCAUGCAGUUUCGAGAGUACCCACAAGUACAUCAAAUGAA